AUGGCGGCGGAAGAUAUCCACGUCAGACUUUGCCUUCAAGAAAUUGUGAAAUUAGACCUGGAGGCUAAGGCCUUGAUUCAAGAUAUUCGAGAUGUGGCCAAGACAACAGAAAUGUUGGAAGAAUUAAAUCAAGAUGUCCGAGAAAAGAUAAACAAACUUCGGAAUAAAAUUAACGAUUUGGAUGAUUUGGGACGUGAACAAGAUAAAGAUGCUGAUAGAGAAGCCAUUUUAAAAAACGUGGACACUCACAAACAGAAAUUAAUGAGCACAAUAACAUGUCUACGACAGACGAAUAUUACAACACAGUUGAUGAUUGAUAAACAGAAUAAACAGGACUUGUUCAAUGGUGGAUCAGAGUUACGUCAGAGAACUAAAGGCAAUAAAGAAACACUAGCAGCUAAAGCCAGUAAUAUAACAGAAUCUUUAAUGAAUUUAAACAGAAUGAUGGUAGGACAGGUUAAACAGAGUGAACAAACUAAUACUACUUUAAUUUCUUCUUCUAAAACAGUUUCUGAUACCCACGAUGAAUUUCAAGCCAUGGGAGGCCACAUACAGACAUCACAUAGACUGUUAACAAAAUACGAUAGACGAGAUUUAACAGACAAACUUCUAAUCUUCUUAGCUCUAGUCUUUUUCUUCGCUACUGUGUUAUAUAUUGUGAAGAAGAGGGUGUGGCCAUCUUGAUGUUGGACUGUCAGUCAAGAUUUUGUUCAAAACAUUUUGUCAAUGUGACAUUGCUCAGCAUUUUGAUUCCCUUAUUUAAAGUCAAAUGGUGG